UUCUUCUUCCCCCUUCAAAUGCAUCAUGGCAGCAGCAAUAUAAAAAUUUUCGUACCUUCUCAGAGUCAACUGUACGAUACAUAGUGGUUUAUUUCGUCGAUCAUCAGGUUCGCUCAUUCCCAGUCGUGGUAGCUUGCACGUCGAAAAUAAGCGGAACUUUGUUGUUUGGUUUGUGGAUUUAACAAUUUGUCAUAACUUUUCUAAGCUAAAUAUAAUAGUAAUGGGUGUUAUUCAGCGAGUUGUGAAACCUUCAACACAGCGUGGCAAACGAGCUCUAGAAGCAAGAGCACCCAAAGUCAUAGAAAAUGACAAGAAAACUUUAUUCAUCCAUGGGCAGAAAACCAGUCCAAUUGGCAGAGAUUUUUUGAAAUCUAUUUAUGCAUUCAAAAGGAUCAAUUCUAUUUAUUUUGGACGGAAAAACCCCAUUUUCCCCUUUGAAGAGGUUGAGAAACUUGAAAGGCUCUCAAAGUUGAAUGAUACUUCACUUUUUGCCCUCACCACACACUCAAAGAAGAGGCCCAAUAAUGUUAUUUUGGGUCGAUUGUUCAACCACCAAGUGCUUGAUAUGAUGGAGCUGGGUAUUUCUGACUGGCGAGAUCUAGAAACUUUCUGCAAGAACAAAGUUGGUGCUGGCACCAAGCCAUGCAUCCUCUUCCAUGGCGUGGGCUUCACUCAGUCUCCUGAGUAUGUGCGUCUCAAGUCCCUGCUGCUUGACUUCUUCAGAGGGCCUCAGGUCACUAAUAUCAGUCCAGCAGGUUUUGAGCUUGCAAUCCAGUUUACAAUGUUUGAAGGAAAGAUCUUCAUGCGCUGCUACAAAAUCCUACUGAAGAAGUCAGGUGUGGAAGUGCCCAGGGUGGAGCUGCAGGAGAUCGGGCCGUCUCUGUCGUUCACGCUGCGCCGCUCCAAGCUCGCCUCCGACGACAUGCUUAAGACGGCGUGCAGGAAACCCAAGGCUGUGCUGCCCAAGCCUGUGAAGAACAUCUCUAAGAACGCCCUGGGCACCAAGCUCGGCCGCAUCCACAUGACGAAGCAACACCUCAAGGAUCUGCAGGUCAGGAAGACGCCGGCCAUCAAGAAAGCAAAGAAGGACCAAAUUCAAAAGAGGAAAAUGGAGAAAAACCUUGCCAACGCUGCAAAGGCGGCUAAUUUAGUGAAAUAAAUGUUCUAUUUAU